AUGGCUGCAGGGAACAAUUCAGCAGUGUCUGAGUUCAUCAUCACCCGGCUCACAGAUGAUCCAAAACUUCGAGUCAUCCUCUUUGGUGUAUUCCUAGCCAUCUACCUAACUCCUGUCCUUGGUAAUCGAUUGAUCAUGUUAAUCCACGUCAAUCCUCAGCUUCACACACUCAUGUACUCUUUCCUCAACCAUCUGGCUUUUGUUGAUUUCUGUUAUACAUCCUCGGUCACCUCAAACACAAUCAUAAAUUUUCUGCGUGUGGUCAGAAGUAUAAACUUCUAUGCAUGCGCAACCCAGGUGUGCCGUUUCAUUACAUUCCUUGUUUGUGAAAUUUAUCUGUUGUCAGUCGUGGCAUAUGAUCAGUACAUGGCCAUCUGGAGCUCUCUGUUCUAUGUCAUCCUCAUGACCAACAAGUUCUGUCUCCAGAUGAUCGCCAGCACAUACAUCUAUGGAUUCUCCAUGGGCAUUGCACAGACAGUGGAAACAUUCCAGUUGUCUUUCUGUGGCUCCAAUGUGGUCAACUACUUCUACUGUGAUGAUGUGCCCUUAGUGGCUCUGGCCUGUUCUGACACUCAUGUCAAAGAGCUGAUGGUGUUAGUUAUCGCUGGCUUCACCACCCUUUGCUCUCUGGUGAUCGUGGUCAUUUCCUAUGUCUUCAUCCUCUUUGCUAUCUUGAGGAUUAAUUCCGCUGAAGGAAGACAGAAAGCCUUUUCUACCUGUGCAUUGGACCUGUCCUCCAUCACGAUAUUUUAUGAGACAGUCAGUUUUAUGUACCUGCAGCCCAAAUCAAGUUAUUCUCUGAACACAGAUAAGUUUGCUUCUUUGUUUUAUGUGGUAGUGAUUCCCAUCUUAAACCCACUAAUUUAUAGCUUGAGAAAUCAAGACAUUAAGAAUUCACAGAAGAGUAUUACAGAAAAGUUGUCUUUGGCCAUCAAGUACUCUAGGAACUACGGGGCAGAUGCCAUACGAGUCUUGAGUUGUGUCUUAGCUAGAAUGAUAACUCUGACAGCUUAUAGAGCCCCAUCCUUCAUGCUGAGUCCUCGGACUCCCUCAGCGCUUCUCUUAUCACUAUUCUGUCUUUCUCAGUAA